AUGGACUCUCGCGCAGCAGCCGCAGAAGCGAUGCGCUCGGCCAUAGAAUAUUGGUCCCAGUUUGUCGCACGCUCUAUCUCCCAACGUCUCGAUACAGAGAAAUUCGAGAAUUACGUUCGACUCGUCCAUGAUCAACAUCCUCUCCCUCCCGCCCUUGUCGCUGAUUUCUUCCUUCGCCCUCAACCAUCAAACGAUAAUAGCCUCGACCCUCGAAUCCCUCCAUAUUUGCAAGUGCUCACAAGACUCGGCUAUGUCGAUGCGCCGUCAAUACUAAAAGCGCUGUACAAAUACUCGUCUCUACAUGCGUACGCACAACAACCGAACGCCCAUGAGGGCAGGGAAAACGAAAAGGAGAACGGAAAAAGCGAUGAUAAAGAGAAGGAUGAAAAUCAACAGAAGAUUACUCGAUGGAAGAGCUCUUACUGGGCUGAAGAGGUACUUUUCUACGGAAUUACCAAGUCCGUAGUAGAAGGCAAAGCCAUACGAGAUUCAAAAACGGCAUUGGACAUGACAAGGAUUAUUUCCAAAUUGAUGGUCCUUUUCACGACUGCCUUUGCGGCCGAUAUGAUUGAGCAAUUGCACACAGCCCAGGUACGAGAUGAGAUGGAGUCGUCGAGGGCAGCUCUGGUCGCACUCCUGCUACGGAUGUGCGAGAAUGACAUCCUUGUUGGAGCCCUCGUGCCGCAAAUAACAGACAAGCUCGAGCAAUUUCGAACGGAGAUCCUUGCCUGCUCUGAUCCCGCCGAUAAGAAGAAGCAAGCUACUAAUGCUGCUAUGGACGAGCUUCUUGAUUCAGCCGUUGGCCUGGACAAUUUUGUUGUGGCAGAUAUCCCCGUCAGCAACACUCGAGCAGGAUUGUACAUCUACCUGAACGCUGCACUUAUUGCACGCCCCCUUUUGGACGAUCAUGCUUUGUUUUCGUACAUGAGCAACAAGUAUCAAGGAGAUAUCCAAUCGAGUGCCAUCGACCUGAUUCUCGCAUCUUUCGAUAUCUUGGCCAACGCGGUUUUCCGCAAUGAGGGACAGAAAGACGCCCACCUUCUGAGAUCAUUCUUGAUCAAUAAAAUUCCUAUACUUCUCUAUCAGCUGUUGCCUCCUGGCUUCCCAGGCACAUCGGCUGAAUUCUGUAUCACGGAGGCACUAAGCCACGUAGACACAAGCCUGUUUCCUACAGCAUCACUCAUGUUUGACGAGUCUCGAAACAACAACCCUUAUACUGAAAGUAUCAGAGAAGAGUUUUGCGCCGCGUGUGUGCUGCAUGGCCUCGUGCAAAGAGAGCACGUGGAGAGGAUUUUGGGAGAAAUAUCCCUUUCCUAUGAACCAUCUUUACAGAAGCAUUCCAAAGACAAGCUUGUGCAAGACUGUUUGUCUGAUACGGAAAAGAUUCAGGGGCUUGUUCGGGAACUCGACAAGAUGGACGGCAACGUCGGUGCAGUUUGUCAGGCACUUGUUGAGGUGCUACGGCAAUCAUGCCACAAUAAGGAAACAAUGUCGUUGAAAGUACUAUGCAGUCAACUGGCUGCAAAGCCACAGUCUUUAGACGUCAUUCUUCUGUUUGAGAAGCUGCCGAAUAUUCUUGAACCUUUGUGUCAACUUCUUGAUAACUGGCGUUAUGAAGAUGACCAAGAAGAGUAUCAACCCGUGUACGAGGAGUUUGGUGCCGUUCUACUGCUUGUGUUGGCCUUCACCUAUCGAUAUAACCUAAACGCAGUGGACAUUGGUAUCGCCAGCCCUGACUCUUGGGUUGCUAAGAUUAUUGGCAGGGGACACAUUGGACGACAAUGCAAUGAGCUUACUCAAAGGGAGAACGACCACCUCAACGGCUGGAUUCAUGGACUUUUCGAUACUGAGGCAGGUGGUCUGGGUGAUGAGUUGAUGUCAUCUUGCCCCCCGCAAGAGUUUUAUCUUGUUGUGGCGCCUCUAUUUCAGAGCAUUGUCGUUGCAUACACGCAUGGCUAUCUCAACGACGAAAGCCUCAAGGGAGGCAUCGAAUACUAUCUCUGGAUAGACCAAAAAGAACAAAAGUCCAUCAUCAAGAUCCUGCAACUCAUUCUCCUCCCAAGCUCCAUCUCGGGAGAAGCAAGCACAAUGCUUUCAUCCGUCAAAAACCUCAUUGCAAAGCCUUUGGAGCAUGCCUUACGAACAUACCAACGUCGAGAUCCCCAGAAUCAAGACAUUGAACCUCUUUUGCGAACUCUCAGGGAUAGUAUCCCCUUGUCACGCCGGACCGGAGGAACCGACCUCAAUGAGCUCGAGUCUUGGACCGUUACACCUCCUACUGGCCUAUCUAGUGCCAUUAAACUUACCACUCAAGGUCUUGUCCACUGGAGCAUGCAUCCUGCUAUGAACAGUAUGCCGACUUCUUAUACCCAUCGACAAAUCUUGGCUGCUCUGAAGAUAAUGGGCCCCAAGCGAGUAUUGCACGUCAUCUUGGAGGAGAUUCGACAACACACAGAGACUGGAAGUGCCAGUAUUGUCUACGACGUGGCUAUCUCAUUGAUCUGUGCACCUGACGCUGCGAAAGAUGCCCCCGCAGUUGUCGAUGCAAACGGAAACAUGCUUCCAUCGGUCCAGCGGCAGCGUAGUCUCCGUGAUCUUCUCAAAGUUGAGGCUGAAGGCUGUAGAAAACUCCAGAAGAAAGACCCAGCACUCGCUGAGAUCGUUGUACGUCUACAUCGCCGUGUAGAAGCACAGAUGAUCAUCCCCCAGCCUCCAGGAAUGCUUCAGACCGCAGAGAUGUCUCUCAACCUCGAUGGUGACACCGCUGCACUUGGAGAUGCCAUGGCUGCUGCGGCUUCAGGUGUUCAGGACAAUAUGUCUGUUGAUAACUUGACUCUUGAUGUCAGUAUGGAUCCUUCAGGGGAUGCUGCCAUGUUUGAAGGAUUCGAUACUCAAGACAUGGAUAACUUUGAUUGGGAUGACAUUGGUAACGCGUUUUAG